AAAGGCGUUUUCCCGUUUCCAGAGGUUAGCCAAGAUGAACUUAAUGAAAUCAAUCAGUUUGUGGGACCCGUGGAAAAAUUCUUCACUGAAGAGGUGGACUCUCGAAAAAUUGACCAGGAAGGAAAAAUUCCAGAUGACACUUUAGAGAAGCUGAAGAACCUGGCUUUUGGGAUACAGGUCCCAGAAGACUAUGGCGGCCUGGGCCUCUCCAACACUAUGUAUGCUCGGCUAGGGGAGAACAUCAGCCUGGAUGGGUCUAUCACUGUGACCCUGGCAGCACAUCAGGCUAUUGGUCUCAAGGGAAUCAUCUUGUUUGGUAAUGAGGAGCAGAAAUCCAAAUACCUGCCCAAACUGGCAUCUCGGGAACACAUUGCAGCCUUCUGCCUCACAGAGCCAACCAGAGGGAGUGAUGCUGCCUCCAUCCAGACCAAAGCCACGUUAAGUGAAGAUAAGAAGCACUACAUCCUCAAUGGCUCCAAGGUCUGGAUCACCAAUGGAUGUCUGGCCAGUAUUUUUACCGUGUUUGUAAAGACUGAAGUGGCUGAUUCUGAUGGCUUGGUGAAAGACAAAAUCACAGCAUUCAUAGUAGAAAGAGACUUUGGUGGAGUCACUAAUGGGAAACCUGAAGAUAAAUUAGGCAUUCGGGGCUCCAACACUUGUGAAGUCCAUUUUGAAAACACCAGGGUACCCCUGGAAAAUGUCCUUGGAGAAGUUGGAGGUGGCUUUAAGGUGGCCAUGAAUAUCCUCAAUAGCGGGCAAUUCAGCAUGGGCAGCAUUGUGGCUGGGAUGCUUAAGAAACUGAUCGAAUUGACCGCUGAAUAUGCCUGCAUGAGGAAGCAGUUCAGUAGGAAUCUCAGUGAAUUUGGGUUAAUUCAGGAAAAGUUUGCUCUGAUGGCUCAGAAAGCUUAUGUGAUGGAAAGUAUGUCCUACCUCACUGCAGGGAUGCUGGACCAACCUGGGUUUCCCGAUUGCUCCAUUGAGGCAGCCAUGGUGAAGGUGUUCAGUUCUGAGGGUGCCUGGCAGUGUGUGAGUGAGGCACUGCAGAUCCUCGGGGGCUCGGGCUACAUGAAGGACUACCCCUAUGAGCGCAUGCUGCGUGAUGCCCGCAUCCUCCUUAUCUUUGAGGGAACCAAUGAGAUUCUCCGGAUGUUCAUUGCCCUGACGGGCCUACAGCAUGCCGGCUGCAUCCUGACUGCAAGAUUCAAUGAGCUUAAACAAGGCAAUGUGACCGUAGUCAUGGAGACCAUUGGCCGGAAGCUUCGGGACUCUCUGGGCCGAUCCAUUGAUCUGGGUCUGACAGGCAAUCUUGGAGUUGUACACCCCAGUCUUGGGGAUAGUGCCAACAAGCUCGAGGAGAAUGUGUAUUACUUUGGCUGGACAGUUGAGACAUUGCUGCUCCGCUUUGGAAAGACCAUUGUGGAUGAACAGCUGGUGCUGAAGCGGGUGGCCAACAUCCUCAUCAACCUGUAUGGUAUGACGGCCGUGCUGUCACAGGCCAGCCGCUCUAUCCGCAUUGGACUUCGGAACCAUGACCAUGAGGUUCUGUUGGCCAACAUGUUCUGUGUAGAAGCUUAUUUCCAGAAUCUCUUCAGCCUGUCACAGCUGGACAAGUAUGCUCCAGAGAACCAGGAUGAGCAGAUUAAGAAAGUGUCCCAGCAGAUCCUCGAGAAGCGAACCUACAUAUGUGCUCACCCUCUGGACAGGACAUCCUGAGGCAGGGGCCAUAUUCCUGUACCACAUGUCCCAAGCUACAACCAACCCAAGACAGCCUCUUUAGAAGAUGGAGACCUUGGGUUAUGCAAGUGGACCAUUUGUCCCCUGUGUGCAGCUGAAGGCCUUUCUCCAUCUCCUAAGAAGCUUCAGCUAGGUUUGGACCUGCCCCUGCAUCUAAUGAGAUCAUAGCUUCUAAAAAAAUGUAGAAAGAGAAUGGAAUAGCUGGCACUUGGCACUUGAAGCUAUGCUGGUGGUUUAGAAGGUACCACAGUGGAAACUGGGGUUUAUGCUGCCACCUUGGUGGCAUGAGGUUUACAGGAACUGUUUGGGGCAUGGACAACCAUUUCUAGUAGACUAUACAUUCAAGAAAUAGCUGGACACUGUGUCCAUGUCUCUCAUUGAAACUAGGAGUAAAAUGCACUUACAGCCUGUGUUAGGAACCAUUUAACAAAAAAAGAAAAAGUCAUAAUUUGUCCUUUCUAGCCUUGCUAUGCUGUUCAUGUUAUUCCUCAGAACCAGCCUUUAGUGGAUAUUGGCAUGACACUGAGGAACCCUUUGAUAUGACUGGUAUUUUUUUCAGUAGUAAGGUUUGGACUCCAAGCCUUGUGCUUGCUGAGCAAGCACUCUGCCACUUGAGCCAUACCUCCAUCACUAUGGCAUCUGGUCUCCCUUGUUUUCACCCUGUGAAGAGAGUCUAAAUGCCAAGGGGCAGUGCCUAAUUCCAUGAUCAGUGUUCACAAAGGCUCAUGACUUAGCCCUACCUUCAGUCCUUCUCGGGUAAUAGGCAAACUGCAUUGCCUGGAGUAUAACAGUGUAUGCUUAUUCCCACGUGUCACUUUUUGUUUCUCUGCAAGGAUUGGCCUCCAUCUUAAAGAGAGGGUGAGAGGAUGUUUUUAGGUGGGACUAACAGUCCUUGUAUUUCACCAGGCUCCUGUCUACCAUUGCUUGCAAGAUCUCUGCCAGGGUUUUGGUAACUAGUCUUACAAAGGCAAAACUUUACAAAUAUGGUGCUUUGGAAAUAACUUUCUAGUGAAAUCCAAAGUUGUUACUUUACUGGCUAGUAAUUGAUGGCAGAGGCACUUUAUACAAUGUGGAGUGGAUGCCUAUGCAGAGUGCCAGGGACAGGAGGCUGCACAGAGAUCCCUUCAUUGGGAAAGCUUAUUACUGGUGGCACACAGGCAUUUCAGCAGCAGGUUUUCUAGUCCACCAUCUGGGUUUCAGAGCCCUCACCCUCAGUUCUC